AUGGAAGAACCUCAUGGUAGAAACAGUUACGACGUUAAUGCUUCAGAAAAUGAUAGAAGUACAUCUCAACCACCAACACAAUCCAACUACAGAACAUACGUUUCAAUCGUUGUGUUAUUCUUUGUUAACUUACUAAAUUAUAUGGAUCGUUUCACUAUUGCAGGUGUUCUAACUGAUAUUCAAAAAUAUUAUAAAAUUAAUGAUGCCCAAGGAGGAUUAUUACAGACAGUUUUCAUUGUUUUUUUCAUGAUUUUCUCUCCAGUUUGUGGAUAUUUAGGUGACAGAUAUAAUCGAAAAUGGAUAAUGGUUGUCGGAUUAAUUAUCUGGAUUCUAGCUGUACUUGCUUCAACUUUCGUCUCUUCAGAGCACUUUUGGCUCUUUUUAUUAUUCCGUGGUAUUGUGGGGAUUGGAGAGGCUUCCUACGCAACUAUAUCGCCCACUAUCAUUGCUGAUAUGUUCACAGGUUCUCGAAGGAGUAAUAUGCUCAUGUUGUUCUACUUCGCAAUCCCUGUCGGAUGUGGCUGCGGGUUCAUUGUGGGGUCUGAAGUUGCUGCACUUUUUGGCUCUUGGAAAUGGGGAGUACGCAUAACAGCCAUUUUGGGAGCGAUCAGUGUACUUGCAACAAUUAUAUUUGUUUAUGAACCUGAAAGAGGAAAAGCGGAGCGCGAAAGCGGAGAGAUUGCAGCAGCUGUUGAGCCUACCAGCUACCUCGAAGAUAUUAAAUCGUUACUAACGAACGCAACUUAUAUCACAUCAACUCUUGGUUACACCGCAAUUAUUUUCGUAGUUGGUACGAUGUCUUGGUGGGUGCCCACGGCUGUAUUGCACAAAGAUGCUUGGAAAGAAAGCUUGAACAGUACGGAUUAUUUGAGUGACAGUACGAAAGCCCAAGUGAAUAUGAUCUUUGGUGCAAUCACUUGUGUUGGAGGGAUCGCAGGAGUUUUCCUUGGAACAUUAAUAUCAUCGUUUAUCCGUAACGGUACUGGUCCAUUCCGAUACAUACAAACCCCACGAUCUGAUGCCAUCAUUUGCGGAGUGGGCGCUGUUAUAGGAAUCCCAACCUUUUUCGUUGGAGUACAUCUGAUUCCAACAGAGAUGGUGGUAACCUGGAUAAUGAUGUUCAUCUGUAUAACAGCCCUCUGUUUCAACUGGGCAACCAAUGUUGAUAUGCAAAUGAUGGUGGUCGUGCCUCACAGACGAAAUACUGCUAAUUCCUGGCAGAUUUUAACGUCGCAUCUGCUCGGCGAUGCAUCAGGUCCCUAUAUAAUCGGCUUGAUUUCCGACGCAAUUAGAGGGUCCGAUAAUAGUCCUAAAGCCAACUUUUACUCGUUGCUGAAAGCUUUUUACAUUCCAAACGUGAUACUCAUUCUAAGUGCACUCCUGUUCGCUAUAGCUGCAAUGACAUUUGUGCGGGAUCAAAGAAAAUUCGCUGAAGAAAUGGGAACUUUGAGAGAAAAACCCGCAGAUACAAUAACAUCUAAUGUAGGAUCGACUAACGAAGCUUUUGUUAUGAGCAAACAUGAUCUCCAGGACUAA